AUGUCCACGCAAAAUCUCAAGGCUGCUGACGGUUCGGGCAUUGUGCCCGACAAAAUGGCCGUAUUUCAAGAAUGCUUGCAGCAAUUCAAUGCGCUGCCCGUCAACACCAAGAAGUGUCGCCAACUCUUGGCAAAGUUAUUGAGGUUGAUUUACCAAGGCGAGCAAUUUCCGCUGCAAGAGUCCACGACUUUGUUCUUCUCAAUUUCGAAGCUCUUCCAGCACAAGGACACAGCUUUGCGCCAGUUGGUCUACUUGACCAUUAAAGAGCUUGCGGCUUCGUCGCAGGAUAUUUUAAUGGUGACUUCGUCCAUUAUGAAGGACAUUCAAUCAGGAGACUUGAUUUACAAGCCCAACGCGAUCAGAACAUUGUCAAAAGUCUUGGACCCAACCACUGUUUCUGCCUCCGAGCGGUUGUUCAGAAACUGUCUUGUGGACAAAAAUCCGAUUGUGUCGUCUGCGGCAUUGAUCUCCUCGUACAAUUUGUUGCCUAUUGCAAAAGACGUCGUGAAGCGGUUUUCUAACGAAACAUUGGAAACUAUUCAGUCGUAUAAGCAGUUUCCAGCGAAUCAAUUCCAGUUGCACGAGUACUACGGCAGUGCCACAACCAACUUGCCAACAAACUCAUACAUGUACCAGUACCACGCGUUGGGUUUGUUGUAUCAGUUGAGAAACCACGACAAAAUGUCGUUAAUGAAGCUCAUUACCUCAUUGCACGAAGGCUCGUCUUUGAAGAAUUCAUUGUCGAUUAUUCAGCUCAUCAGGUACAUAAACAAAGUGUUGACCGAUGACGGGUCUUUGAGCUCGCACUUGUACCCAAUCUUGGCCAGUUUCUUGAAACACAAGUCUGACAUGGUUGAGUUGGAAGCCUGUAAAACUUUGAUCAGUUUACUGCUGCUAGUUCCGGAUGACGGAUAUAUGGCUGUUAUCCUCACCUUGCAAAAAUUGUUGACAGUUCCACGCACUGCCACCAGAUUCGCGGCUGUCAGAUUGAUUAACAAGGUCUCUUUGAAACAUCCCGAGAAGAUCUUGGUUGUGAACUUGGAAUUGGAAGGUUUGAUUAAUGACCCCAAUAGAUCGGUCUCGACAUUGGCCAUUACAACUCUUUUGAAGACAUUGGGUGCAGGUACAGUCGAGUCGACGAGCUCUGAGAGUGUUGACAGAUUGAUCUCUAAAAUGACAUCUUUGAUGGACGAAAUCACCGAGGACUUCAAAGUCGUCAUUAUCGAUGCCAUCGAAAACUUGGCAUUGAAAUUUCCUUCCAAGCAUAAAAAGUUAGUGGCUUUCCUCUCUGACUUGUUGAGAGACGAUGGCUCUUUGCAAAUGAAAUCAAGAAUCGUGGAAGCAUUAUUCGACUUGAUUAAAUACUUGCCAGAUGAGAGCGCCAAACAGCUUAUCUUGAUGAACUUGUGCGAGUUCAUUGAGGAUUGUGAGUUCACUGAAUUGUCUGUUCGCAUCUUGCACUUGUUAGGAGACGAAGGCCCCAAGAUGUCAAAUGCUUCCUACUACAUCAGACACAUAUACAACAGAUUAGUCUUGGAAAAUUCGAUCGUGAGAUCCUCGGCUGUAAUUGCGCUCGCAAAGUUUGCCGCUGUAUGUGAAGGAGAGAUUUCCAGAAAUGUAAAGAUUUUGUUAAGCAGAUGCUUAAAGGACGUUGAUGAUGAAGUUAGAGACCGUGCUACCCUUUCGUUAAGCUUCAUUGACAAUCAGAAGACCAAACUCAUUGUUAACGAUUCGAAAUAUAACUUGGCGGCUUUGGAAAGCAAGUUGACCAACUAUCUUAAAGAUGAGAACAAUUUUUCGUCGAGCUUCGACAUAAGUGAGGUUCCUCUUCUCACGUUUGAUGAGGUGAAAUCUUUGGAGUACAACAAGAAACUCAACAAAUUGGAGAACGCAGCGGAAGGUGCUACACAAUCAGAAAAUGGCGACAUGUCAGGAAACUCCAAUUCUCGCAACUCGGAAUCGGCGAAGCCAGACUCUGCCGAUGAAUAUUUGAAGCAGCAAGAAUAUGCUAUGGCGUUGGCUCAAAUUCCCGACUUUGCCGAUUACGGUAAAUUGACCAAGUCCUCAAGCCACUCGAUUUACCUUACUGACAAGGAGAAUGAGUUUGUUGUCACUGCGCUCAAACACUUUUUCAUGGACACUCAAAAACUUGUCAUUCAAUAUGUCAUUACCAACACCUUGUCUACAUUAGUUUUGCAGGAUGUUUCCUUGAUUGUGCAGCCUGACAACGCAUUGUAUCAGGAGGACUUUGUGAUUCCUUUGGCGGAAUUGAGACCCGACCAGACAGGGAGUGUGUAUGUUUCUUUCUCCACGCCUGCGAUCGGUGAUGAUGAUAUAUUGGCGGCUUUCGGCAACACAAUCAGCUACAACAGCAAAGAUGUUAUCGAUGAAAAUGGUAACAUUGAUCCAGCUGACGAGGGAAUAGAAGAUGAGUACCAGGUCGAAGACUUGGAGGUCAAUGCCGGAGACUUCAUCAGUCCUCUCUACAACUCCAAUUUCACCAGUGUCUUCGAGCAAUUGCCAUAUGAAGAUAGCAGCGUCGUCACGGUUGGUGGUGUGACGAGCAUCGAGAGUGCGGUCUCAAAGCUUCUCAAGACAUUCAAUUCUAUGCCCUUGGACGGGUCCGACUAUGUACCCUCAGACACGACCUCUCAUGUCUUGAAGACAAUGGGUAAAGAUGUCUGGGGCGGAAGAGUGGGUGCACAAAUCAGAUUGGCAUGCACAGGGAAAAAGGUCGUCGCCAAAUUGCAAGUUAAGGCUGAAACAGAAGGCUUUGCCGAAGUUGUGGCCAAUGGGGCGACGUAA